AUGCGUGUGACUAGGAGUGUUCUGCUCCCUGAAGCUGUGUUCUUGGCUGCCCAGAGUGGAGGUUCCCACAAGAAGCCCCUUCUCCAAAGCUGGACAACGGGGGAGUUUCCUUGGGGUUGGGAAGAGGGGAAAUUCUCCACAAGGUCUCCUCCGCCAUAUGGGGGCAGGAUCGCCCUCAGCCCCUUGUUCUACCCAGGACCAUGGGGUGACCCAGGGGCGGAAAGUUCCAGUUUGGACCACCUCCUGGCCUGGCCUGCAGGGGCCGCUACAGGACCUGGGAGUGCAGCGCCCCCUGGAGCCACAAGGCCCAGGAGAAGCGUGAGCCCCGGAUCUGAGGUGCCCUGUGUGUCAGGAUUGCGCCAGUCAGAAAGAGAUGCCUGUGAAUUCAUUUUGGAAUUUCUAGAACAAGGACAAGUGUCCCAGUCAGACAAGCUGAAGUUCCUGAGGGCUGUGGAUACCCUGAGCAGCGCUGUUCGCUCCCAGCCAAAUGGCAAUAUGAAUGAUUACUUUCCCAAAUCCAUUCUGGCCAAGAAAAUUGAGGUACUAAUCCUUGAAGAAUCCACCGAGGUCUUGGUCAGCAAUGUGCGUCAGCAAGCCAUGCUCUGCAUCGUGGCCCUGAGCCAGGUGAAUCCACCAUUCUACUUACCCCAGAAACUGGACCUGGUAAAUUCCUGCGUCUCUAGCACAUUCUCUCUGCCCUUCAUCGCGCCCAGUCUAGACCGAAAGGAGAGUGGUAGUCUCUACCUCCAGACGAUCCAAGCCUUAGAUGACCUGUUACAAGCUCUCGUAAUGGAGGGUCUGGACCCCAGCAUGGCAUUACUACAGGACUUCCUGGAGUUCUUCCGGAAAUACCUGACCCCUGAAGAGAGAGCAGAUGUGCUAAUGGUGUCAAUGGAGGCCAUGACCAGUGCCAACAGGAAAGAUGCCUUCGCGGCUUCCAAGAUGCUAAAGAUGAUCCUGAAGUACUCUAUGCCAGAAAUUGGGAAGGUGCCAGAAAUCAUCCAGUACAUUUACCACAAUGUGAACAACAUCACUGAAACCACAGCCCAAGGGACCAUAGAGAAGAUCCUUUACCUGCUGGCCCAGACCUACACUGAUGAAGUUAUUUUGACACUAUUUAGGAUGGAGGAUCAGUCACAAAGAGUGGUUCAUAAGCCCUGGGAAAUCCUGGCAUCAUUCCCCAAAGGCUAUGAAGUGAUCAUGGAAUUUCUGAUGCAGAAACUGACUCCAUACCAGAAAUCAAAGGAACAGGAGACCAGCCACAGGAUGGAGAUCUCUCCGUUGAUAGCCACCAGGGCCAUCCAAGAGCUCCUGCUUGAACCGAGUCGGCGGAUGGAGAUUCAUACCUUCUUCUCCUCCCUGUUUAUGGCCUUGCUCUUCCGGAUCUCCUUUCUCGUGCUUGAAGAGGACACGGACAUCCAGGAUGAGCAGCAUAUAACCGGAUGGGUGGACCCUGUCAGUUGCAGCAUAGAGGCCCUGAAGACCUUGAUGCUAAGUACCGGGUAUGGAGACCACGUGUCUUACGUUCAGAAACUUGGGGGCUGGGAGCUGCUCACCAGUCCCGAAAGACACUAUGAGGGGGUCACUCUGCUGGCCAGGACCAUGGUCAUCAAGAACUGUUGGCACAACCGCCCCAUCUUCAGUUUCAUCAUCAGCAUGCUCCAAGACCUGAACUACAGGAAUCACUUAACGGCCUUCGUGUUCAUGGCUGAACUGCUCCGGUGCCCAGGGGUGGCGGCCAUAGCAGAUGAAGCCACUCUCCGCAUCUUGGCAGACUGGUUCCAACAUGAGGAGCUCACCACGGUGAAGCUCUUGCUGCAGAUGGUGGUGACCUUUGCAAAGCACGGGAACAUGGUGCGACAGUUCCGUGUCCUCCAGCCCUACAUGCUGAACUGCUGCUACUCCCUGGACAGUGACAUCGUCACGGAGACUUUCGCGGUGCUCAAGUAUCUCACGCAGCUCCUCAGCUGGCGGCAGAACGCCUCCUUCUUCGUUCAGCUCUCUUUCACGCUUGGGCCCUUCUUUGAGGAGGAGUCAGAGCACCUGCGCCUGAUGGCCUUUGAGACCUACAGGGCUCUCUUGGCUAAGGUCAAGAGGAGAAUGCUUGUCUUCCCCUUGAAGUACCAGGUCCUCAACUUGAUAGUCCCCCUCGUGCUCCACCUGGAGGAUGUGAAUAUCAGUGUGGCUCAGCUCCUCAUGCGGGGCAUUCCUGUCUCUCCAGAUCUGCCGGCCUGCGCUCUGCCACACGGCCGCCAUACUGGGCUGGUCAAGGCUCAAAGUGAUUUUUGCCGAGAAAGAUGUAUGGACGAUCCUCAGAGCCCUGCUGAAGCAGAAGGCAAACAAGGCCCCCUGGUUUCUGAAGCAGUGUGUGGCCUUCUUCAAGAGCCCACAGGCCUCCAUCCGCCAGACAGCCAUACGGUUUGCAGGCCAGAUCAUCCAAACCCUUGACAGGAAAGAGGUCGGUGAUAUGGAGGACGUAUAUGCAGCCCUAAGGUCCAUGCACAAAGACCCCGACCCCAUGGUCAGCUGCCUCGCCACGCAGACCCUCUACAUCCUGGAAG